AGAAAAUGAAAUUAGCUUUUGGUAAACACACGUGCAAUCCUCACACCAAACACCCAUUCUCUCACAUCUUCCGUCUCUGCCUGCAACCACCGUCCGCCGCCAGCCUCUUGCCGUCAGACUUCACGCGCGCCAGUUGGAUAGUCGGCGGAGACCGCGCCGUCCGCCAUCCGCCGUCCGUGGCUGGGUUCCGACUAUCUCUAUUUCCCUCUCUAACCCACCGAUCUGUUUAGCCAGCCAUUGCCGCCAUCGCCAUUGUUCUAGUUUUGGGUAAGAUUUUGGAUGUUUUCUCGGGUUAAGCUUAGUCCACCACUGGAUGAACGCUUAAUACUUGUUGCCCAUGGUAUUUAGAUUUAGAUCUGAGUUUUUGACAGCAGCGUGCAAGAGCGUUUAGACCGUUCUGGUACGUAGUAAGGCUUUGAGAUGGCUGGGCUCGUUUUAGUUUUCAGGAGUUCUGGGUUUUGAUCUUAGGUUGUGAAUGUUUGUAGGAUCGAAUUAACUGCUCGGGGAUUUUGAACUAGCGUUGGUUUUAGUCGCACUUUGGGUGAGUGCUGGAAACCUUUAAACACGAGUUUUAUGCUUUUGUGUAAGCCAAUAGUUUGGAAUUUAAGCUGGUAUUUGGUGUGUGAUAGAGGUUAAUCCAAGAUUCUUGCUCUACAUCAGAAGGGAUAUUAUUUUCCUGUUAUUGGGCUUUUAACAUUGAGGUACGUAGGCUCACUACUGAAACGAAGCUAGGUUGGGAUCUGUGUGCUGAUAGGAUGAACUUUGUGUGAAUUUUAAUAUGAUGUCUGAUUGAUGUAUGUGAGAUGUGUACGUAUGAUGAAAUGAUGAUCAAUGUUGCGAAAGCUCCGGCAUCCUGAAGACUCCUUCAAAUUUAAGGCUGAUGUUUUCUUUAUGUUUUGUGGGAAGUUGAUGGAAUUCAUAUGUUGAUGGAUGGUAGAAGAUGGUUGCUUGGUUGUUUAGCAGGCUUAAACUCUCUGGUUUCUUAUGUAAAAACCAGAGGGGCUUGAAUUUAAAUUACCUGCAAGGUCGUUAUCUAGUAAACAUAAGACUAAAAUGGGUGAAAGAUAAAGACUUAGAUACUGUAGUGAGUGCUGAGAAAGACCUUAAGGCUGUUUGCUUUCUUGUGUCUAUAAUCUCUUCAAGUCCCGAACAUUGCUUACCGGUCUACCAUCUGCGUCGUCAUCGUCGGCAGCUUGGUAUUCCAAAUGAUGUCAAGAUGUCUACCUUCAUUAGGAGAUAUCCUUCCAUCUUUCAUGAGUCACAUAUUCUCGAUAGUGCAGGCACUCGUGUGCCAUCAUUUUGCUUAACUCCAGAAGCUAGGGAACUUCAUGCGGAGCAAAUCAUUGUCCUUCGUCAGUGUUGGACAGAUCUUCGAUCUAGGCUUUGCAGAUUGCUAAUGCUUACUAGUGGUUGCACACUUCCUCUACAGACAAUUGACCAGUUAAGAUGGGACAUGGGGCUGCCAUAUGAUUAUCAGAACUCUUUCAUUCCAUAUAACCAUGACAUGUUUUCGUUCAUCCGGCUCCAAGAUCAUCGUAUUGGGUUGAAACUUCUGAAAUGGGAUAAUGACCUUGCUGUUUCUGAACUGCAGAAGAAUGCUGCUUCCCAACAAAUGGAAGAAGACAUAAGAAAUGGCUAUUUGGCCUUUCCAAUCGGAUUUACAAGGGGUUUUGGACUGAAUAGAAAAUGCAUGGAUUGGUUAAAAGAAUGGCAGACGCUCCCUUACACUUCUCCAUAUUGUGAUGCCUCUCAUUUGGAUCCCCGUACUGAUGUAUCUGAAAAGAGGAUUGUCGGAGUCUUUCAUGAGCUUCUUCACCUUACCUUGCAAAAGAAAACUGAACGGAAGAACGUAAGCAACCUUCGAAAACCAUUCUCUUUGCCUCAGAAGUUUACGAAAGUCUUUGAGCGUCAUCCUGGUAUCUUUUACAUCUCUAAGAAGGAUGACACGCAGACUGUAAUCCUUCGAGAAGCAUAUGAUGGUGAUAAGCUUGUACAGAAACAUCCUCUUGUUAGUAUCAGGGAAAGAUUUACAAGCAUGUUGAGGAAAGGCCAACUAGAUAGAAGUAGAGGUUUGUACAAAAAAGAUCCAUCUGGUCACUUUCAUAAUGACGAAGUGAAUGAAACGCUAUAUAGUUCUGAAGAAGUGUCCGAUCAUAACAUGCUUUUGGAAUAUGAUUCGGAAUCAGAUGGUCUGAUUGACAACAACUGCUAAAGAAGUUGCCAUAAUUUUACAGCCACCUAAGCAUUCUUUUGAAACUUUCAUGCACAGAUUAGCAGAAUAUAGGGAGAACCAACCUUUAAGUUUGUAAGCAACCUGUCCGUCAACAUGGUUUUGUUUCUCUUAUAAAACAGUGCAGUUAUUUUAUACUAUGAAAUUGCGUAACCCUUUCUUAUGCUCCUUUAGUUUUAGUUUUUUGUUUUCUUAAAUUGGGCUUGUUUUUUUCCUUUCCCUUUUUCCCUAUGUAUUUCGGAUGGAAAUAAGGAGCUUUGGUGAUAGUUUAUUGCCCCGUGGGUAUUUUAGUAAAUCUAUUUUCUUUUUUUGUA